AUGCCGCACCAACAGGAAGCCCUCAAGGCCACUCUUGAGAACAAGGGCCUCAAGUUCCACAUCAAGGCUGGCAACGCCAAGUGGCAAUGUACCGUCAUGGACCGUGCCACCCACGAGAGGAUGAAGGCUGAGCGGACCGGCUCGUCUUCGUCGAUUGAGACGACGUCGUCCACUUCGUCCAGCUCAAGCUUGAGGUCUCACUGA